CCACGUGGUUCCCGGGUCCCGGCCCGGUGCGGGCUGCUGUCAGGGGCUGACACCCCGAUUGCCUCCCGGGGCGGCCCGCUAUCCGGGCACCGCGUCCCCCCCCCCCCAGGAAGGAAGGAUUUAUUAAUUGCCUACUGUGUGCCAGGCACUGUGCCAAACGCCUGGUACAUAUUAUGUCAUCUGGUCCUCACAACAACCCUGGGAGAGAGAAGGAGCCAAGCUCCGCCCUAGCCAUGGAGCCUCGAGGGAUCUUGAAGGCCUUUCCCAAACGGAAGAAAAUGAGAGCUGACUCAGACAGGGGCGGACUCUUACAGAUUUCUAAGAAGGAAGAAAUAGAAGAAGGUAGAGAGUGGCUGAGCCCACUGCAAGUCCAUGUGUUACCCGCGGGCAUUGGUCGAGCCCGGGCAGAGAUCUUUGAGAGGCAAAUCCUCCAGCAUGGGGGCCGAAUCUGCUCCCCUCAGGCCCCAGGGAUCACGCACAUUGUGGUGGAUGAAGCUGUAGACUAUGAGCGAGCCCUCCGCCUCCUGAAAGUGUCCCAGCUGCCCCUCGGGGUCCAAAUGGUGAAGUCAGCUUGGCUGAGCCAGUGCUUGCAAGAGCAGAAGCUGGUGGGCACUGCUGGAUUCCACAUCUUCAUCCCUGACAGGUACCCGGACAAGGCAGACAUUCGGGUUGCGUCUUCCCAGCCAGGGUCCUCUGGAACUUCAGCCCAGGCAGGGCUUCCUUCUGCUGCUCCCUUUGUCCCACCCCAGGAGCCACACUCAAAGCCGAGCACCCAGCCACAGCCUGACUCUUCUGAUGAAUGCAGUGAUGAGGAGGGAGUACAGGUUACCCCAGCUGACCUGGAGGCCCUGAUCACCGGCUGCUACCCAAGUACCCCUGAGGGAGACGCUGAGCCCAGCCUGGCCCCCGCCCUCAGUGAUAAGUGGGUGUGUGCUCAGCCUUCGAGCCAAAAAAUGACCAACCACAAUCCUCACGUUACAGAGAAGCUGGAAGUGCUGGCCAAAGCCUAUGCUGUCCAAGGGGACAGGUGGCGGUCACUGAGCUACUCUAAGGCUAUCAGUGCCCUCAAGAGCUUUCACAAGCCUAUCACCUCCUACCAGGAAGCCUGUGGCAUCCCAGGGAUUGGAAAGAGCAUGGCAGAGAAGAUCAUGGAGAUUGUAGAAAGCGGUCAUCUUCGGAAACUGGACCAUAUCAGUGACAGUGUCCCUGUUCUAGAGCUCUUCUCUAAUAUCUGGGGAGUUGGAAUCAAGACUGCCCAGAUGUGGUACCAGCAGGGCUUCCGGACUCUGGAGGACAUUCAGAAUCGGGCCACCCUGACUACUCUGCAGGCCAUUGGCCUGAAGCAUUAUGAGGACUUCCUCAAGCGCAUACCCAGGGAAGAAGCUUCAGAGAUUGAGCAGACUGUCCGGGAGGCAGCUCAUACCCUCAACCCCGGGCUGCUUUCUGUGGCAUGUGGCUCGUAUCGCCGGGGUAAGGCGACAUGUGGGGAUGUGGAUGUGCUGGUCACUCACCCAGAUGGACGAUCCCACAAGGGAAUCCUCAGCCAGCUCCUGGAUACCCUUCGGCAGCGAGGGUUCCUGACAGAUGACCUGGUCAGCCAGGAUGAUAAUGGGCAGCAACAGAAGUAUCUGGGCGUGUGCCAACUGCCAGGGACUGGUCAGCCCCACCGGCGCUUGGACAUCAUUGUGGUACCCUAUAGCGAGUUUGCCUGCGCCUUACUGUAUUUCACUGGCUCUGCCCACUUUAACCGCUCCAUGAGGGCUCUGGCCAAGACAAAGGGUAUGAGCCUGUCAGAGCACGCACUCAGCACUGCCAUCGUGCGCAAUAGCCGUGGCGUCAAGGUGGGCCUAGGUCGGGCAUUGCCCACCCCCACAGAGAAGGACGUCUUCAGACUUUUGGGCCUGCCAUACCGUGAGCCCUCUGAGCGGGACUGGUGAUCCGCCCCCUCUAAACUGCCAUGCAUAAUUCCCCAAAGUGGGAUUAGAGAACCCACACACACGCAUGCACACACGCCCCUGCAUGGGGCCUUUUCCCCUACUCACCUUCAGGUUUCUUUUGCAUGCUAAAGAACCAGAGAGUGAUCACCAUCUGCUCUAGCACACUGGACUGGGAGCUCUGACUGUUCAUGAGCCGUUGCUUUUCCCCGGAAAUACAUCCAUUGGCCCUCCCAGAA